AGUAACAACUUUCGUUUUUGAAGACGCCAGAAAUUCGUUGACUAUCCAAACUGCAACUAUUUAAAUAAUACAACCACGUGUGAAAGUAAUGAGUUGUGUACUUAAGAUAUUCGAGUAACUAUCGGAAAGGACUUUCUUUCAACAGUCACCAAAAAUACAAUUGAUUUCGCAGCCUGUCCACACCGAACAAAGUCUGUCGAAAAACGGGAAUUGGACAAACAGUCAACAGAUUUCUCCAUAUUAGGCACUCAGAAAAAUGGAUGCAGUUCCCGGACGAAAGGCACAAAUGGCAUCUGGAUCGGCUCCUGACCUCACCUACUGCCAGCCAUGCGCGGAGGACGGCAAGAAAAUCCUCCCCGAGGCCUUUUGUCCCGUCUGUAAGGAGUUCCUGUGUUCUAACUGUGCCCGAGUACACCGAAACCAGAAAAUAACCAAAAGCCAUGCCCUCCAGGACAAGGACAGUAUGCCUUCCUCAUUCCAUGAAGAAAGUGAAGAUGAAAAGUUUACAGAAACAUGUCAGAUUCAUGCUAAAGAGUUUAUUAAAUAUUACUGUUCGCGUCAUGAUGCACUUUUGUGUGGAGACUGUUUAGUUGAGAAUGAAGAACAUCGCUCUUGUAAAGUAGAGAAAAUCAUACAAGUGGCAAAACAAUACAAGCAGUGUGCAGAGUACAACAACCUUAAAACAGGACUUGUCCAGUUGGACAGCGACAUCGACAAACUUUCACACGACAUACAGGAGAUCAUGAAAUCAGUUGACGAAGAACGCCUAACCAAUAUCAAUGAGCUUCGCAAAUUCAGGACUGAAAUUAACCAGUUCCUGGAUAAGAGGGAGCACGAACUCUUGGCAGAAAUUGAUCAGAAGAAACGAACAUCAAAGACACUGCUAGAUGAACUGAAAUCAAAAUGUACAAACGUGAAAUCAUCCAUUGAAAAAAUAAAUUCAGAGCUACAAGCACAGGAUGACAACAGCAAUCAGCUGUUAAUAGUAGGAAAGCGAGCUAUAAAAGAACUGGGGGGUCUCCGCGCAGCCCUUGAAGAGGUGAGCAGGAGGAGUGAAGUUCCCCGAUACAAGUUUCACAUGGACCCCGCAACUGAGCAGUUAAUAGCUUCUGAAAAAGCAAUAGGACGGUUGAAAGAGGUCGAAUCAAGCUCGGCGUUAGGGCAGCAACAACGACAACAGCAAACGAAGCAAGAACAACGGCAACAGGAGACGACGCAACAACACCAAAAACAGAUGAAAGCUGUAUCCCAAAAAGGCGAAUCAACUUCGGCUGUAGGGCAGCAAGAACGACAGCAACAGAAGGAGCAGCAACCACGGCAACACGAGACGAUACAGCAACAACAGAAACACAUUCCAGGUGUAUCACCAAAAGCCCACUUCAAAGACAGUGCAGACCUUAGCCGGGCAAAGUUCAUCAGUCAGCCUGACAUUUCAGUGAAGACAUCAGGUGAUACCCUUGACUGCUGGCUGACCAGUGUGACCCUCCUGCCAGGGGACAGGCUCCUACUGGCUGACCUCAACAAUAACUUAUUGAAAGUAGUGGACACCGAGAGUAACAAGCUGGUGUCUCAGGUGAAACUGCCGGGUCAGCCUUGGGACCUGUGUCUCCUGCCCGGGGACAGGGCAGCCGUCACUCUGCCUUGGAAGAAGAAGAUACAGUUCGUAUGUACUCAGGGAAAUGUCACGCUACAAGAUAUUGUUGAAGUAGAUGGAUAUUGUCAUGGAAUAGAUUUCUGUGAUGACAACAUGAUAGUCUCCUUCACCUACCCAGGUUUUGUUGUGUUGAUGGACAUGAAGGGAAAGGUGAAGAAGAGUGUGGACAAUGACAGCAGUGGAAAACCUUUGUUUAAGUACCCCUGCUAUCUGACAGUGACCAGUGAGAGCCAGACUCCUCCGGUCAUAUAUGUCUCAGACUGGUUCACCCACACCAUAACCAAGCUGAGCAUAUCACUCGAGGUGCUCCAGUCCUACCAUGACCCGAUACUGGAAUCACCACGUGGUCUAACAGCCGUGGGGGACAACCAGCUGGUCGUGUGUGGGGAGGACAGUGACAACAUCCUGUUACUGGACACGCUCACCGGCAAGAUAACCCAACUACUGGGGAAGGAAGAGGGGAUAGAGAAGCCAUGCAGUGUGGCUUACUGUCCACUGAAGAAGAUGUUGUUUGUCACCUGCUAUCCCUAUGACAGACCUGAUUCGGAUAAUUUCGUAAAAGUAUUCAACUUAGUAUAGUUCAAGUCUGUCAAUUAAUAUGAGUGAAAUCUGUAUCAGGUGUGAAGUAAUUGUUAUGUUUUAAGAAUAAUUCUAAUGUAAAGAAUGAUACUGAUAAUACGCUUAUACAAUGUUAAUUUCACAUAUCGCGCGAUUCAAUUACUGUGAGAGUAUUUGACGGAAAAUUGACUUUAAAUUUAUGUUGAACGGUUUUCAUAAGUGACAAGUCGUGUAGUAAUUUGUUAGUAGAUAUGAAUAUACGAGUAUGAGAAUGUGUAUUAUAAGUUGAAAUGUUACUAGCUGAUUGUGUAUGACCACAUAAAAACGAAGUUUAUGUCAAAUGUGUGAAUGUUAAGUCAAACAUUGUUAUUGUGUAAUUGAAUGAUCAGGAAUAUAGAGUUAUAGACACGGUGUUUCAUCUUUUUAUGCAGUUUGUAUUUAGUAAAUUUGAUGUUUAUAAUGUGUUUAUAUUGAAAUUAAACAUACAUGUACG